AUGGAGCAAAGGAGCAGCCAGCUCUCAUGGAAAACCAUCUGGAACUACAACACAGGCAUCAUUGCAACCAAAGUGGUGCAAGAGAGAACAUGCUACAUUUCCACCAUGAACAGAAAUGCCAUGCCCAGCUUUGAUGCUCUUGUCAUAUACGCUUCAGAGAACAGGAACCAGAUCGGUUUUGGAAGACCUACCAAGAAGAUCACCUUUGUCGCCAAUGGAUUGGUCAACAACCUCAGCUCUUACGGAUCAGAUGUCUUCUCUAUGUGCAGUGGGCUCACCACCUACAUGGCUUACGAAGUUCACGAAGGGCUUCUGCACCUCUGGAGCACUAAGGCUUUCUCUGGGGACAUUUUGCUGCUCCAGAACGAGCAGCUCAGCCCCUGUUCCCCAGAGGAGCUGAAGAGGUCGGAGAAACAACUUGAGAUUCAGCUCUUGAAAGAGCAACAUCAAGAGACUGAAGUAAGCAAGAAAAUCUCCUUUGGUGGAGGCUACCAACUUAUGACCAUCAAUAGGAAAUGGCUCGUGGCAAGCAUUGAGCAAAAGACCAACCAUGGGUCCUGGAAAACCAUCUGGAACUAUGACACAGGCUUUAUGGCAACCAGAGUGCUGCCAGAGAAAGCUUGCUACCUUUCCAUAAUGAACAGAACCGAGAUGCCCAGCUUUGAUGCACUCCCUCAGCUGGCUGCAGACAUCAGGAACCAGAAUCGUCCAAGACCCCCUUCAAAGGAGAUCACAUUCACCCUCGUCAAGAGAACAAUUCGCGACCUUGAAUCAUAUGGACCAGACACCUUCUCUAUGUGCAGAGGACUCUCAACUUAUGUGGCUUACGAAGUUCACGGACCACAAUUCAGUCUCGGAUCAUGCAUCAAACUUGAUGUCCUUCAAUAUUUGGCCCUCACAUACUGCCAUAAUGAUAACUUUGUGUGAAUAAUACCUUUCUUGAACUUUGUGGGGAUGCUCCAGCAGUAGCUCCUGCCCAAAGCCAACCCUGAUGGAGUUAUUCCCUGUCAUGUCUUCUUUCAAUUCUUCAGG